AAUCAAAAUAUGGUGGACAUUCAGUCAUUAUGUGAUGAUGGUAGAAAAUUUGCAACAGAAGCCGUUAAAUACGAUGAAGCAGGGGACAUAGAACAAGCAAUAUUCUUCUACUCAGAAGCUUCUGAUGCGCUGUUGAAAGCUUGGUCCGUUGACAACAGCUUAAACAUCCGAUCAAAAGUUGAAAAUUAUAUUGCACGAGCAGAGGAAUUGUAUCAACAUAAAGGUCAGUACAGAACUGUUUAGUAGUUUGUUCUAUAUGACUGUUGAUCAUUUUGAAAUGUAAAAUAUCAUGAUGAAUUAUUAUUAAAGUCACGAAAGCUUCCUAAGUUGAAAUAAAUCAUAGUAAAGUGUACUGUACAUGUGCGGUGUGCAGUACUGAGUACACUACAACACUAGUACAGUUCCUGUACUGUAUGUACAUAUUUGGACAAAAUUAUAGAUGGAUAAACGUUGUUUACAAAUUUUUAUUUCAAAUUGCCCGUUAAGAAGGUGCUGGCAUGUUAUUCUGAAUUGUUUAACAUGCUUGAAUAUUAAGUUCAUAAAGACAUAGAGAAUUUACAUAAAAUUUGUAAACAGACUGUUUACACAGUCAUCUAUUUUUGUGAUUGACCGAUAAUCACAGUAUCAGGCUGAUCAGUAGACAAUUAUCUGUAUUUCCGAUUGUGUAAAACCAAUUGUUGAGAAAAUAUGCAUUUUAAAAAUUAGUAUACACGUCCAAUACAUGCAUGUUGAUACUUGUUGCAUUUCAAUGCAAAGUAUGUAUUGCCGCAAUAAAAAAUAAUGCAUGAAGCAUGCCUUUUACGGAUGGUUUUAAUGAAUGUUGCUUGUAGUAACAUGCCACGAUGGAAAUAAUCAUUAAAAAAUCGAAAGAAUGUCAUCACCUUUACUCAGUUCGAAAGACAUUAUGACAUAUUAUAAGCAGUGGCAUCAAGUAACGAAGUAACUCCAUUGUUCAUCUUGAUGGAUGCUCUUUGUGUAUAAAUAUAGUGCUCAUAGGAUGUACAAAGUAACUAUCAUAGAUGGAUUUUCAGAUUUGCCUCUGGGAGGGGAGGGGGCAAAAAUUUAUGGGGAGGUGAGUGGCGGGGCAUGUAGGGCCACCAAACAAGGUGGAGCAAGGGUCACAGUUACUAUUAGGCAUUAAGCCCCCUGUAAAUUUUGAGAUUUUUAGUUUUUACCAGAGAAGUACAGGCGGAAAACAAAUUGUAAUAUUUAAUAAAUAUUAAAACCCAGCAAAGUGCUUUUAAAAGAGCCAUAUUAAAACCAUUAAAUUUAAAAUUUAAAAAAUUAUUAAAAAAUUAUUUAUUAUUAUUUAUUAAAAAAUUUUAAAUUUAAUGUUUUAUGGCUAUUUUAAAAGUACUUUGUUAUUAUUGAUUGCCAAUUUUGUGACAUCCCUCUAGAUAGCAGAUGUAUACUUCUUAGGAUUGUAGCUCAUUAUUUAUUUAUGAAUAUCUUUUAUUUUAGGAAAUGACAGUGUCAAAAAGCCACUAAAGUCAUCACAACAAGUAGGUGACAGUACUAGUUUUCUAUUUAUAAUUUAAUUAUUAUUACAACAGGACUCAUUAAUAUUUUUAGUGCCUGCAAGCAAAAUUCAUAACUUCAAAAUUGCCUGCAGGAAUGCAUAAUCUUUUAAAGCUAAAUACUGCA